AACUCCUACUAGAGGAGGGAGAUGCGAGCGAGACAGGAACAACGGUAAUUAUUUUUGUUGGUGUGAAGGCUUCUGUCGACAUCUGGCGCAAAGAAAGAAAGAUGGCAAGGAGGGACGAUUUCGUUUUCUAUUUAGCACUGCCCAUCGCUGUCUGCAUUAUUUGCUUCGCCGCGGAACUCCAAGCACUCACAAAUACGAAAAGCUACACAAGCAUAAAUCGGCGAUCUUCUCACUCCAUUCAACAAACAAUCCAGCACCGACGGUUUCUUCUGGGUAUACGUUCGAAGAUUACAGCAAGUGCUACCCUCGCUGGUGGCGACAACAAAAGCGAAGAAACUAUCCGAGUGGGGGAUCUCCUGAGCGACCUGCCGACACCCACAUUGCUGAUCGAGUUGUCUCUGGCGGAAAGCGCUCUCAAGAACACAACCACGAGCUUGGACGACGCGCUAUCUCUUUUGUCGUCGAAGAGUGUCGCAACAGGACGCCCGGACCGAGUCAGCGGAAACAACAAUGCCAUCGACGAGACGGUUUGCGAACAACUCCUCGAUGGAUCGAUCUUCCUGCACACUAGAGUCACGGACACGAGCGUCCGCGAUCGGAUCAACCGAGAACACGGGUCCGGCAAGUCGCCCGUGAUCGGGGGGGUCGAUGCCUGCCCCGAUCGACACGUGAAAGGUGGUGCCUACCUCGGGAUCGGACUGAGCAACCACCACGUUGGUGGCUAUUAUUGGGCACGCGGAAUGGGGAUCGGAGCGAGCCUGGAAGCCCACGGCGUUGCCUUUCGCGAAACUCCGACGCCAGAAACCGAAACAGGGGAAAGGAAGAAUACAGGCAGCAAAUCCUCGGAGAAAUUGGCUUCGGAUGUUGGCGGUGGCGAUGCUGGUAGGAGCGGUGGUGAAUUGUAUUGGACACGGCGAUCCUCGGAUCCUACUAAAAGCAAUAGUACAAGUGGGAGUGAUGCUGCCUCGGGAGCUCUUUGUCGGGGAGACACCACGGAGGAAUCCAGCAACUCAAACGAUGGCAAGAGGUCGGAAUGGGCCGACUUCUUGGUCCCCGGGGAUACGGUGCAAUUGAUUCCGUACAGCCCAGUAAGGGUGCUUCGCGAGUCGGCGUUCCAGAGACUUGUGGGAGUUCGGCGGGUGGGUCGACCGCUCGGUGCGGAUCCCAUUGUCGAGCGGCUUUGGGAAAGAGAAACUGCUACAGCGGAAGAAAGCAGCAGCAACACUACUGGUUUUGGCUCUUUGGUCCCUCUCUAGCAUUGUUCCAUGCAUUCUUAGUUGGCAGGUGGUCUGUACUCGAGAAUUAGAAUACCAUAGGCUUAAAUUUUUACUGACU